AUGAAGAGAAAGACAACCGCCAGCAACACCAGUCAUUCACCUCAGCCGUCCAAAAGAAGAAGAAGAGGCAGCAUCACCGCUGCAGACAUUGCCAAAACCUGGCAAGAUUCACCGCAACCCUUCAGCGCCGACUGGGUCAUCUCCAUCAAUUCCAACGUGCACAUCUGCAACGAUCGAAAAUGGUUCACCGAGUUGACGUCCUUCCUUACCGUCGUAACGAGUACCUUCUCCUCUGGGGCCACCAUGGUUUUGGGCGUCGGAACCGUCCAUCUGCCUGUCAAACGACAUCCCGACCUCCGCGGACCGCAAGCCCAUCAUCUUCUUUGCCUCACAAACGUACUCUAUGCUCCUUGGUCCAAGUUCAACAUUCUUGGAUCCCCCAUAUUCGAUAUUGCGGCUCUAUUCAGCAUGUACUCGACACCGAAAAGCAGGGGUAGUUUGACGGACGGAAAUGGCAACCCUAUUGCCUUCUUCUCACCAAAGGCGCCUCUUCCGUGUCUCAGACUCAGCGGACCUCCCGUCGGUCCUCGACUAGCGCCGACCAAAUUCGAGCCCAAUGCAGUAUACAUCUUGACGGUUACGUGGCCAGGUAGUGAGAGAGCCCGAUGGAACGCCCGCGGGCAACAAGACGAAGCAGAAGCCAAGCCGCGCCAACGGGCUGGGGAGCAGCCAUACACAGCGGAAGAAAAGGAAUGGCUGAAGAAGCACUACAGAGGAGAAUACAAGUUUUUAAUGGCCCACGGGCUGAGUAUCUACGAUGAAGAGGAGCGGGAAGAAGGCCGAGCCAUCAUGCGCGCACUAGCUAGAGAGGACGAUGAAGAUGAUGGAGGAGAAAGAAGAGGAGGAGAAAGAAGAGGAGAAAGAAGAAGAGGAAGAGGAUGA